CAACCUAUUUUCAAUUCUUUGCUAAUAUUCCCAUCUUUUGAAAAUUAAAAAUUAAUCCAACCUUUGCAUUAUGUUUAUUGUGAAUGGACCCUAAUAUGCACCAACCGGGUAUAAUGGGUCAUACCCUUCAACUUCUUAUUUAUUUCUCUCUCCUCCAAUUCUGAUUUCAAAAUCAGAAACCCAAAUCCUUCAUCUCCCUCUUCAAAGCUCUCUCUUUCUCUUCAAUGGAGUCUUCAACAAUCUUCAUGAAAAACACCUAAAUCUUUCCUCUUUCAAUUCUAAAUCUAUAAUUUUCUUCUCCAAUCAAUUUCGUUCGACAAUUGCAACGAAUCUGACCAGAUUUCGCGUCAUCUAACAGGUUCUCACAUCUUUGUCAAUGACGUGUUUUUGAUAGUGAGAGAAGGAAAUUAACACCUAGGAGGGCACAAACGGUGAACUUGGACAAAGAAAAAGGAAAUGUUGUAAGUGGUGAAGGUGAUGACAUAACUUCUUUAGUAGGUGCGAGUGAAGGUGAUGACAGUGAGGAUGAGUCAUAUGAUUUUAGUGGGGAUAUUAAAGCUAGUGAGGAGGUUUCUUAUGUUGAUAGCGAUGAGGCAAACGCAUCUGAAAAUGAGGUAGAUCAAUUGUCCGAGUAUGAGGAUAGUGAAAGUCUCCAAGGAUCUGAUAAUGAAGUCUUAGAGCAUAUAGAUUUUAGGAAAUUUAAGUGGCAAGUUGGAUUAAGUUUUCCUAAUUCUAGGGCAUUUAGGGAUGCUUUGAAACAUUAUGCCCUAAUUCAAGGUAGGAAUGUGAGAAUUGACAUUAGUAACAAAAAGAGGCAACAAAGGAUUGGUGUUAGUUGUGUAGAGGGUUGUCCAUUUAAGAUGUACGGUAGUUGGGAUAAGUCAUCAACAUCAUUUGUGAUAAAGUCAGUUGUUCCAGAACACACAUGUCAAAGGAGUAUGGAUGGUAACAAGCAAUUAAAGUCCUCAUGGGUGGCAAACCAGAUGCUUGAGGUUUUCAAAUCAAGACCCCAUAUUCCAUCAGUUGAGAUAAUUGAUUUGGUUAAAAAGAAGUGGUUUGUCAUAAUUAGCAAGCACAUUGCUUAUAACAUCAAGUACGCUGCCCAUAAAAGAUUGCAUGGAAAGCUGACCCUAAUGUGUUUUGUAGACCUUAUUUGAAGAAUCUGACAAAAUGUGAUACCGUAGUAGCAAUAUGGUUGAAACAUUUAAUAAUUACAUCAUGCGUGCUAGGUCAAAGCAUCUAAUAGACAUGCUUGAAGAUAUUAGGACCAUGUUGAUGAAGAGAUUGGUGACAAAGAAAGAAGAUGCACAGAAGUGGGUGGGGAGUAUAUGCCCUAAGAUUCUAGCAUUAUUGGAGAAAGAAAAAGAAGAAGCUACCAAAUGUACUGUCAUGCCAGCAACUACUUCACUAUUUCAGGUAGCUUAUUAUUUUGAUACUCUAGAGGUUGAUUUAGAUAAGAGAUCCUGCACUUGUGGAAAGUGGGAUUUGAAAGGUAUUCCCUGUCGUCAUGCAAUAGCUACUAUAUUAUACAAGCGUUUCGAUGUGUCUGCCUUUGUUGAUAGAUUGUAUACAAAGGAGGCUUACCUAGAAGCAUAUAGUGGAUCCAUACCACCUUUAGCUGGUGAUAGGUAUUGGCCUAAAAUGAAUACCACCCUCCUCCCCCCUCCCAUUAAACUUGGCCCAAGUAGACCUAGAAAGAACAGGAGGAAAUUUGCCCAUGAGGAUCCUAAAAAACCUGGAAAGUUGACUAGACAUGGACUACAAAUGUCAUGUAGGGUAUGUGGUUUACCGGGACAUAACAAAAGGAAAUGUCCUGAUAAGGACACAAUUAGGGAACCCUCACCCCCACCAAAGAGAGGAAGGGGUAGUCCUAAAAAGGUUGUUGCUACUCCUUCAACACAAUCCACAAUCGCUCAUGAAAUCUCUGCUCAACCCAGUCAAUUAAGAAGGCGAAAUAAAAGUGUAAGGGGAGGUCAAGGCAGUAGAGGAAGAGGUGGCAGAGGUGUGAUGAACAAGGGUAGCAUGGCAAGGUCAAUAUCUUCACAAACAUCUUAUAAAGUGGUCAUUUGUUCAACGCAAGCAUCUAUCUCGAGUGUACCAAAGAAUGUGUAGUUACUUGAGUUAAAUUUGUUCGACAAUGUAAUUAUUUUUGCUAUAUAUUUUGUAAGCCAUUUGUAAUUGGCAAACUUAUCUAAUCAUUUUGUUAGCCAUUUUGUAAUUGGCCAACUUAACUAAGGCAUUUUGUAAUUGGCUAACUAAUCUAAUCAUUUUGUAUUUAGAAAACUAGUUAACUAACGCAUGUAGCCUUAAUCCUUCUUGGAUGAUAUUUUGUAAGCCACAAUGUUGAUGGGAUAUGUAUGUAAAGAAAAUUACUAUUAAUGCAAUGAUGAAGUUUAUGCUUUGGAUA